CGUACGAGCAUCAAUGUAAAGUUACCAACUAUUGAGUAACUCUACUCAACUGAACUGUCCUCUCACAUAGUUUUCAGAUACCACCGAUCAUCUCUAUAAGAAUUGUUAGACCCAAAAGUCCAAGUAAUGAUCACAAUUAUAAUAUGAUUACAGAAUAGUAUCAACUUCAAACCAUACCUACCAGCUCUGUCCAUUCGCUUACUAAUCAUUCCUCAAGCUAAUUUCCUAAUCGAGCAAUUCACAUCUUGAUAUCUUAGUUAUCGAGAAAUUAAAUACUUUAUAUGCCCAGCUCUCACCCCUCACCCCUCACCACUAAUAAACAUCUUCUCAUCAUCCAACAAAAAUGUUACUCUCAACCUCUCGCGCAUUGCCGCAUACAUUGCGCGCAAUAACUCGAUCCCACACAACUACAUUUUCCAAUAUACAACGCUCAGUCUCAACAUUAAAGGAAAAUCCUAAUAUUUACAUCCACCCACCCACCUCUUCCUCUCCCCAAACCCACACUCUAACCCUCCUUCCCACCACCCCACCAACCACAUCCCUCUCCCUCGGCACCACCACCACCCUCCCCAUCACCCCUCAAUCAUUCACUCCCAACCCUAAAUUUCUCCCCUUCCUCUCCACCAUCCUCCAAAAAUACGCCCAUCUCGAUCCACAACUUCACUCGCAAGCUGCCGCCUUCGCCACCACCACAACUCACUUCUCCCUCUCACCCCCAUCAUCCUACCGUCAAAACAAGGGUGGGAAGUCCUCAAAAGGAAAAGAUUCCGGAGCGCCACCUAGUGCUAGUCAAGGCGGCGCCGGCUCCGGCGGCCACGGCGGCUACAUCCACCUCUCAGAUACCCGCGCGCCUCCCGACUACGGCCGCAUCGCCUACCCAGAAGACAUUUUCGGAUCUCUCGAAGUCGACGCGACCGGACAAUUCGUCGAAGGAGAUUCUGGAAAAGCGCCCGGAAAUUGGCAAGACUCAGGAACCUACCGUAUAGUCACCCGUGAGGGCAUCUUUGGAUUACCGGAUUUCUUGAGGGGGAAAUUGGUCGAGGCGUUGAAGGAGGAGGAGAAGAAGAUCAAUGGAAACUGAGUUGAAGGGGUGUAGAAGGAAUAUGGAAGUGAAAAAGGGGUUGGCAAGGAGGAAGUGAGAACUAUAUUUGAGGAGUUGGUUAAGUUGGACUAUGAGAUAUCUCCAAAAAUGACGAGAAGGAGAAUAGACAAGGGUUAUGAAUGAUGAAUUUUGUAUAUAUGGGCGUGUGGAGGGAUGAAGAGAUGGAGACAUGAAAGCGCGACGAGAACGUUGAAAGAUUGAUCAUCAGGAUGGUUGGCGAUGACGACGACGUGCGCCAGUAUGUAUAUUAUGCAUUACCAUUAUCACGCGACUCUACUCCAUAGACAUACUAUACCAUAAUGAGGAUCUAUCUGGGGAAGGGAAAUCCGGAGAAGUUGUGGGGUAAUUACUGUAAGAUUAGAACAUCCCCAGCUUUAGCUAAAGACAGGGUCGGGUGGAUAGGGAUGGGCACAGGCCAGCAU